GGCUAGUGUGGCUCCGGCUCGGGGAGUAGACAACGGCAAACCUUGAUUGCCUGCAUGUAUUCAAAAACAAGUACAAAAGAGCGAAACAAGCGUUCCCUCCUCACCACCGCUGCAUUGGCUGCAUCUUGAGGGACGCGCAGAGAUCUGCUUUGUGUUUGUGUGUUUAUUGCGGGAAGCGUACACAGAAGUGCUUCCAGCCUGCCGACACAGCACGGUGAUGUGGAGCCUAUGCAGAGAUCGGACCGAGGCGUGCCAUGGCUAGCGGCGAGAACGCCGCCGCACCCUUCGGCUUUAUCGCGCUCGGGGUCGACCGUGCUCGAGACAGCAACAAGGCCUAGGCCUAAUCAGACCGUCGGUGCGACUUCGAACCCGCGGCUGCGACCUCGAGGCCGUCAUGGAGCAGCCGCCGAGCUUCUGACUCCUGCGACAUGUUUUCUGUCCGGGACGCGGACUCCAACUUGGAUUUAGACGGCCAGGAGAUCGCGUCCAAGUGGAAGGGUCUGCUGGUGGCAGCGCUCAAGAAGGUUCAGUGCCAGGUGCAUCCCACGCUGACUGCCACUGAGGAGGCCCUACAAUAUGUCGAGGGCCUGGUUCUGCGGCUACUGUGGACACUGUGCGGAGGCCGGCCGCACUCGGUGCAGGAUGUGGAGGACCGCGUGCGCCGCCUGUUCCCAAACCCCAUCGACCUGUGGGCCAUCCGGGAUGCCCAGGCGGCCCUGGAGCGUGGCCGUCGGCGCUCCUCCCUGGUGCUGCCGCUUGACAAGAUACACCCUCUCCUGAACAAGGUACUGGGCUACCGGCUGGACCUACAAGUGAGCCAGUACAUGGUGGCUGUGCUGGAGUACAUUGCAGCUGACAUCCUCAAGCUGACUGGCAACUACGUCAAGAACAUCCGUCAUGUGGAGAUCACGUGCCAAGACUGCAGGGUCGCCAUGUGCGCUGACAAGGUGCUCAUGGACAUGUUCCAUGGUGAAGACCUUGCAGCAGCCGAGGAAGAGUCCCUGGGCAGCCGGCCGCCAUCCUCGUACGACGAGGAAGUCAAGGACCUCAUUGCCGAGGAGAGGCAGCACAUACGGGAACUUAACAUGAUCAUCAAGGUUUUCCGAGAGCCCCUCGACAGGCUCUUCCCAGGGAGCAAGGAUCUGGAUGUCAUCUUUGGCAAUGUCAUGGAGGUGUACGAAUUCAGUGUCUCUCUCCUUGGCUCCUUCGAGGAUGUCGUAGAAAUUACAGACGAGAAUCAGAGUCCUGCCAUCGGUUCCUGCUUCUACGAAAUGGCUGAGUAUGACGAGUUUGAUGUCUAUGAUGACUACGCACAAACCGUGGUCCCAAGAAGCUGUCGCGACAUGUUGGCCGAGCUGCUACAGAAACCCGAUGUGGCCAGCUCCCUACAGACUGCUGGACAUGGCUUUCUGCUAGCAGUGAAGUAUGUGCUCCCAAGGUUGCUUGUGGGUCCUGUGGCCCACUGCUUUCAGUAUUUUGAAGCCAUCAAGGUGUUGCAGCAGAUGGCGCCAUCUGAAGAAGAUAGGGAAACAUUGGAGCAGGCAGAAGGAUUGCUCCGGAGGCUCAAAGCCCAGCUAACACGUACCUGUGCCGACAAGCUGCCACGUAAAAGGCCUGGAGAGGCGUCCCUGCGCAUGCACAGCCGUGACCGCCGAGCCAUAGCGCUGCACAAGAUGAAGGAGCUGCAGAAGGCUGUCGAUGGCUGGGAAGGGCGAGACAUUGGCCAGUGCUGCAACGAAUACAUCAUGGAGGGAACCCUUGGCAAAGUGGGCUCUGGCCGCCGGCUGACCGAGCGGCACCUGUUCCUGUUUGAUGGGCUGGUGCUGCUGUGCAAGCACAGCAAUAAGCGCUCCAGCGUCACCGGAGGACCAACGCCUGAGUACCGCCUCAAGGAGUGCUUCUUCCUACGCAGGGUGGAGAUCCUCGACCGAGAAGACACUGAUGAGCUCAAGUUUGCCUUCGAGAUAGCACCGCGUGAUGCUCCACACAUUGUGCUUUUUGCCAAGAAUGCCGAGGAGAAGAGCAACUGGAUGGCAAGUCUUGUCAUGCUAAACAUGCGCAGCAUGCUGGAGCGAACCCUGGACAGCAUCCUGUCUGACGAAGAGAAGAAGCAUCCGCUGCGUCUACCCGAGAACUACAGGUUCUCGCUGGAGGACUCCGAGUCCCAGGUGGUGCUGGAGGAGAGUAAAACGAAUGCGGGCGUGCCACUCAUCCGAGGCGCAACCCUUCUCAAGCUCGUGGAGCGGCUGACGUACCACAUGUAUGCGGACCCCAUGUUCGUGCGCACCUUCCUCACCACCUUCCGGUCGUUCUGCCAGCCACACGAGCUCCUCGACCUGCUCUCUGAGAGGUUCGAUAUUCCUGAGCCUCAGGCUCCUCCCUUGGCUGAGCAUGGCGAAGGAGCUGAAGCUGAAGCCGCACGUAACCUUCACCGAGAGUGCCUCAAGCGCUUCCGUAAGGAGUACAGCCAGCCGGUGCAGUUUCGAGUGCUGAAUGUGCUACGGCACUGGGUGGACCACCACUACUACGACUUUGAGCGGGACCCCACCCUGCUUGAAAAGCUUCGUUCUUUCCUUGACCGUGUCAAGGGCAAGAACAUGCGCAAGUGGGUCGAGUCCAUCAACAAGGUCAUCCAGCGAAGGAGUGAGCAGCUGGAUGAACCCCGGGAGUUCACCUACAGCUAUGAAAAGAGCCCGCCUCAGAUUGAGUGGUACCUGUGCAGCACUCCGGACAAGUUUGACAUUCUGACGCUCCACCCAAUCGAGAUAGCACGGCAGCUGACUCUGUUAGAGUUUGACCUGUAUCGAGCUGUGAAACCGUCCGAGCUGGUGAAUGCUGCCUGGACCAAGAAGGACAAACACAAGACAUCGCCAAAUCUCCUCAAAAUGAUCCAUCACUCAUCUAAUUUUUCCUUCUGGUUGGAGCGGUGCAUUGUGGAGUCUGAGAACUACGAGGAGCGGUUGGCUGUGGUGUCCCGCAUGCUGGAGGUGAUGCUGGUGCUGCAGGAGCUCAACAACUUCACGGGUGUCUUUGCUGUGUCCAGUGCGAUGUCCAGUGCCUGCGUCCAUCGGCUGGAGCACACAUUCAACAGUAUCAAGUGUAACCUGAAGAAGGCACUGGAUGAGGCAUUCGACCUGUAUUCCGACCACUGCCGCAAGUACCAGGAGAAGCUGCGAUCCAUUAACCCACCCUGUGUGCCCUUCCUCGGCAUGUACCUGACAAAUAUUCUGCACAUUGAGGAAGGCAACCUGGACUUCCUUCCCAACCACGAGGGUCUCAUCAACUUCAGCAAGCGCCGCAAGGUGGCCGAGAUCACCGGCGAAAUCCAGCAGUAUCAGAACCAGCCGUACUGCCUCACUGUCCAGCCAGAGAUACGGCAAUUCCUGGAGAACCUGAACCCGCAGGAAGAUAUGACGGAGAAGGAGUUCACCGACUACCUGUACAGCAAGUCACUGGAGAUAGAGCCCAGAGGUUGCAAGCAGCCUCCCAAAUUUCCACGCAAGUGGCCUGACGUGCCACUCAAGUCGCCGGGAAUCAAGCCACGGUUGACACGAUCAGCAGGCAGCCACCAGGUGCUGCCCAGUUGGGGAGGCGCACCCCCUGCCUCCGAAGGGGAGGAUGCCACACCUCCGACCAGCCCCUCCACCCCGCUGACCCCCCCCUACAUCCAGCACAGCGACUCCAGUGUGUUUGCGCCCGUUCUUAUUGGUGCUGCCUUGUCACCUGCAACAACACCGUCUGUGCCACCAUCCCAUCCGCCUCCGCCACCCCCGCCAUCCAACUUGCCACCCCUGCUGCCGCCACCACCGCUGCCCCCACGCAAGAAGCGCGACUCUUCCACUUCUUCGUGCGACCCUUCAUCACCGACAGGAACAGCCUUCUUCUCCGAUGUUCCUGACCAGGCCCCACCACUGUUACCUCCGCGUGAUGGCCCACCACAGAGGGACGUGUCUCCGCCACCACCACCUCUUCCCCCGAGGCGGGACGGCGGCUGGACCCUGCCAAGGACACCGCCCCGUACCAUGCCGCUGGACCAGCACCAGCCACAGCGAACUUUGUCUCGCCGAAACUCUGCCCACAAUGGGGACCUGGCAGCACUGCUGGUGCCAGGGCCAUUGCCUCGCCGAGACAUGCCAACUGUCCUGUCCCCGCCUCCACUCAGGCCGCCACCCUCAAGUACCCCUCAGCUGCCCCCGAAGACGCACAGGCAGCCGCAAUUGGUGGUCAACCACAACAGCAGGUAGCCCCCGCCAUCGCCCGGGACGGAUGGUCAAGCUCUGCUGAUGUGUACUUUUGUUCCUGAAAGCAAAGAUAGUGGUACGCAAGUCAGGCCCUGGUAAUUCAAGCUGGAAUGAAGUGACAGGCCGAGCAAAAGGAGCCAAGAGGCAUUGGCAAAACGAACUGGUCAUCACUUUGUGGCAACGUCAGAAAGCCAGAAUUUAAAAAGGCCCCCUGUGAUUCUGUGCCUCCAUAUCCCUUCACUUGGCCCACAGCUGAGCCUGUAGAAAGUCGGGCCCCAGAGGCAGGCCCGCAGGCACGGACCCGACUUCUGCUGAGACUACGCUAUUACUUGGGGGAGGCUGGCCUCAUUUAAGAGGCCCACUCUGUCUCUGGACUACAGCGACGUGUAAUGAAAUGGUCCCCGAGUCUUCGACCAACGGGACGAGCAGCGCCUUGCCAUUGCAGCAAAAGACGUGUACAUAGACCAGUGCCUGUGGACGGCAGGACCGGCAGGCGGGCAUUCAUUUGUGAUUUUUCUUUUCCCUCGUUGUUGUUGUUAUUACCCGAGUGUUGGGUGGGACACUGUAUUUUCUUUAUUGUGCUUGCCACACUAGAACAAGGUAAUUUAUUUGCCCAAUAAAAAUGCAGUGGCGGCUU